AUGGCGUCUUCAUCCAAUUCUGACGAGACGAGCUACGUCAAGAUGGACGAUUCAAAAGAUGGCUUCGACGCGACGCUUGUAGGAAAGCAUUGCGAAUACGACUAUUGCAACCAACUCGACUUUCUCCCUUUCUUCUGCCAGAGUUGCAAAAAGACCUUUUGCCUCGAUCACCGUUCCGAAACUUCCCACAAGUGCGCCAACGCUGGUGCCUGGGCUGAGCGCCGCCGCCAGGCCGAACUCGCGAAGCCCGGGUACGGCUCCGGCCGCCAGCUGCGCGACUACGUCUCUGAGAAGCCCUGCGCAUCUCCCGCCUGCAAGACCACAAUCGGCACUUCGCUAGUGCCGGGCGUGCACUGUCAGAACUGCAACCGCGAUUACUGUCUCAAGCACAGGUUAAAAGAGGACCACGACUGCAAGAACCUUGUGCCGCUUGGCGCCCGACCUGGAAUACAGAUCGAUGUCGCCGCACGUACUAAGAGUGCUUUUGACAAGCUGAAGGCGUGGGGCACGGCGAAGAAGGAGCAGGCAGGGAGGGCGUUGCCGAAGCCGAAACCCACGUCUGCCUCUGCGCGGUUGAUAGCAGUAAACAACCUCAAGAAGACAGCAAAAGGCGACGACAAGCUACCACAGGAGAAGAGGGUGUACUUGUAUGUUGAGGCCGAGGCAGAGACCGCCAAGGCCAAGUUCCCCAAGGGGGAGUUUUUCUUCUCCAAGGAUUGGGUGGUUGGAAGAGUGCUAGACGAAGCGGCAAGGAGAUUACAGGUGGAAAAUGUCAACAACCGGUCAUCAGACGAGAGGGACAAGCUUAGAGUGUUCCAUGUGGAAGGUGGGAGGUUACUGGAGUUCAACGAGAAGGUUGGAGCGUCGUUGGUCAGUGGUAACACUGUUGUCUUAUUGCGCGGUGUUGGUCCGCCGCCCAACCUGAUGGAAGUUUAA